AUGUUAGGUGAUAUCGGAAGAAUUCCGAUUAUAUCUUUAAGUGGUUGCAAGAGUCUUUCGGACAUUUUAUCUGAACUCCCUUUGCCCCAACCUCUACCGAAAACCGUUAGUGGUCCUGAGCUAAUUGAUGACCCCCAGGCUUAUCAAGAGGCCCAGACGCUUCUUCAAUCGCAUAAUGAUUUCCUUGUCGAGUCUAUUUCAUCCGCUCUGGCUUCUACUACAACGGAUGGAAUUGUCCUUAAAAAUGAUCAACCCCACGCUCCAAUUGAUUUCCACACUCUUCCUCCGGUUCUGAAGGAUGCCAUCACAAAGAUACCCAACAUUCUUGAAGAGAAUCGCAGCUUUAAAUUGGGUAAAUCAACUAAGAUGGCCUCUCCAACGAAACCUAUUCCAUCUUCAACUACCCGUCAUCAACCAUCAACCGCUGGACCUAUAGUUGCUCCUGUUAAACUGAACUUGAAACAACCUCAAUCUCCUGUUAGAGAAGUUGAUGGAAGUGGGGAUGGAAGUAUCUACUCUGUGACAACUGUUGAGCCGCUCAAAUUAUCGAUCAAACGGUCUUGUAUCCUCCCUACUACACAGGAAUCCUCUAAAAAGUCAAGAGUGAGACGCCGAUCUAGGAACUCAACUAAUACUUCAAGUUCUCUUUCGAAUCCAUUGAUUUCUAGUAGUCAAAGUACUUGGGUAAGUCUGUGUUAUCCUAUUUCGAUCUUCCAUUGA